AUGUGUGUUCAAUUUCAGCAAGUUCGUAUAGUAGAAGUGGGAAGCAAUGAGUUCAAGAAUGCGCUACCGUACCUGAUUGUGCUACUGCUUAUUACGAUCUCAAUAAUUCCAUUGAUGAGUAGUCACCUGGAAGAACGACGAAAAGACAGCCUGAAAAGAGCCGAGAAAGCACAGUGGAUUGAUCAGAUGCCAAAUGCUUUGCCACUUCUGGAAAUCAACAAAUACUUCACAAUCAGUCCCAACUUCUCGUCACUUCGGAAACUUCACGAUACAUUGCGACAUUUCAGUCAAGCAUACAAAUUCCCAGUGAACGAAACGAUUGAGGACCAGGAAGCGAAUAUGUUCCUCGAAGUUCAUGUUACGCAAAUGGACAACACCCAGACAAGAAGGGUGAAACGGAAAGUACAGACGAAGCUUUCGUCACUUGCAAUGAAAAUGGUCGAGCACGGUCCCUACGAGUAUGACUUCGACCCAACAGAGGUCGGAGACCUAUUCGACUCAGUCUCGCAGCUUCUAUCUCGUGAGCCCAGUCUCUUACAGUUAGCUUCUGAUGUGUGGAUCUAUGGCAAUUUGGACGGCAGCUAUGCUACUGUAUAUCGAUGGCUACAUUCGAAUGGAUGGCCACCAAAGAGAAAAGUACUCUUUCUCGGUGGAUACACGUCUGAUGGACAAUACUACUCCUUGGAGACAAUCACACUUCUUUUUGCUCUGAAGAAACAGAUGCCGAACCAUGUGUACUUAUUACGAGGCGCUUCCGAAGUGUAUCCCAUCCACAUAGAAGGCCGUUUUUCUCGUCGAGUGACUCGAUGCUUGGAAGGAGUUAUUCAACGAGCCUGUGGAUACCUGCCAUUGGCAGCAACCGUUGCCGAUACGAUCUUCUGCUGUCAU